AUGGCCCCUCCAACUCCCUCGUCGCACCGCCCCCGCAAGAAGAGAAAGAACCCGACGGCACCGGGCUCGAACAACAGCCUCAUCGUGGAUUUUGGAGAUGGGAAACAAUCACCUGCGUUCCCCCUGGUCUCGUUUCUGUGGGCUGCUCGGGCGGGUGUCUCACAAUGGCUGAUCCUGCCAUUGACGCUCAUGGCAGUUGGCCUCUUCCGAUGGGCUGUCAGUCUGUGGGGUUACUCUGGAUUCAAUGUCCCUCCAAUGCACGGUGACUUCGAGGCGCAAAGGCACUGGAUGGAAAUCACUGCCCAUCUGCCAGUGGCCAAAUGGUAUCUCUAUGAUCUGCAAUACUGGGGCUUGGAUUAUCCCCCAUUGACUGCAUACCACAGCUGGCUAUGCGGGAAGAUCGGUUCGGCCUUUGAUCCUGCUUGGUUUGCCUUGGACAAGUCCCGGGGAAUUGAGGGUCCGGACUUGAAGGUCUAUAUGCGUGCUACUGUUCUCAUCUCGGAAUAUUUUGUCUACGUUCCCGCCGUCGUCAACUUUCUUCGCCGUUAUACCCGUAUGCAUGGAGUGCACGCGUGGUCAGCCUCGAUCGCCCUCGUUGCUAUCCUCCUCCAACCGGCCACCAUUCUGAUCGACCAUGGCCACUUCCAAUACAAUACGGUGAUGCUGGGUCUUAUGGUGGCAAGUCUGGAUGCUAUCUUGGCCGGACGGAUGCUCUGGGCUUGUAUUUUCUUUGUCGGCGCAUUGGGAUUCAAGCAGAUGGCAUUAUACUAUGCACCCGUCAUGUUCGCCUAUCUCCUGGGCGUCUGUGUUUUCCCGCGCAUUCGUAUCCUUCGGCUCCUCAAUAUUGCUCUCAUUACGCUCGCCGCAUUUGCCGUGCUGUUUGCCCCGCUGCUGUAUGGAGCUACGACCAUGGAGGCUCGGGAGCUUUUUGCGACAUCGGCAGAGCCUCCCCUGCUUCAAUCGCUACCGAUUUCUCUCGAUAAGAAAUCGGUGGCCUAUGCUCUGCUUUUCCAGACGACGCAGACUAUCCACCGCGUGUUCCCAUUUGCUCGUGGUUUGUUCGAGGACAAGGUGGCCAAUGCCUGGUGCGCUGUUCACACUUUCUACAAGCUCAACCGUUUCGAAGCUUCUCUGCUACAGCGGGCGUCUCUCGGCGCUACAUUGGCUUCAAUCAUUGUCCCAUGUGCCAUCAUAUUUCGCCACCCUCGGGCCUCACUCCUCCUCCCUGCUCUUUCCUGUGUCUCCUGGGGCUUCUUCCUCUUCUCCUUCCAAGUGCACGAAAAGAGCGUUCUGCUUCCUCUCCUUCCCAUGACCCUUACCUUGGCUGGUGAUGGUGGGCUCAGCAAGCAGAACCGUGCCUGGAUUGGUUGGGCUAAUAUACUUGGCUCGUGGACAAUGUAUCCACUUUUGAAGCGCGAAGAGCUGCGACUGCCCUACAUUGUCAUGACCCUCCUUUGGGCCUACCUAAUGGGCCUUCCCCCAACUUCAUUCGAGAUCUUCCGGAGCCGGGCUUCUCCUGAAGAGAGCCCACUCGAGCCGCAUAUCUUGAGCAAGCUCCUGCAUCUUGCCUUCUAUCUGGCCAUGAUUGGCUGGCACAUUCUGGAAGCGUUUGUGCCUCCGCCUGCCGGCAAACCGGAUCUGUGGGUCGUCCUCAACGCCCUGAUCGGUGCGGCCGGAUUUGGGCUUGCCUAUCUCUGGUGUAUGUGGAAUCUGGUUGUCCAAUGUCGCGAAAUCGACCUUCGGGCAGCCGAGGAGGGAAGCCGGAAAAAGAAGCAGUAG